CCCGGAAGUGAGUCAAGCUGGGUGACAAACAGGCUCCGGGUUGACUUCUCAAGACCGAUCUUACCCGAGGAAGAAGCCCAGGGGAAGAGGAAAGAAAGGGGAGUCAGAAAUGGCUCUUGCCCAGGUGCUGUUGACAUUUGAAGAUGUGGCCAUCAAAUUCUCUCAGGAGGAGUGGGAAUGCCUGGACCCUGCUCAGAGGGCCUUGUACAGGGACGUGAUGUUGGAGAACUACAGAAACUUAGACGCCCUGGGAAUCUCUGUUUCUGACUGGAAUAUCAUCUCUCUUUUGGAACAAGAGAAAGAGCCCAAGAAUGUGGAGGGUGAGGUGAAAAUAGCAAAAAAUUCAG